AUGAUGGUCCGGUCUGUGUUCGUAAUUUUGCUCUUGGCCCUUGCAUCAAGGGCCGACGAGGAAAUCAAGACGGAGGACGGUGUUCUCGUGCUCAACAAGGCAAACUUCAAGAAAGCAGUUGCCGACAACGAGUUCAUCCUCGUCGAAUUUUAUGCCCCCUGGUGCGGUCACUGCAAGGCCCUGGCCCCUGAGUACGCAAAGGCGGCCGAGUCCCUCGAGUCGGAAGGCUCCAACAUCAAGCUUGGCAAGGUGGACGCCACCGAGGAGCCUGAGCUGGCCGAGGAGUUCAGCGUGCGCGGCUACCCCACCCUCAAGUUCUUCCGCAGCGGCAACCCUGUCGAGUACAACGGCGGCCGCCAGGCGGCUGACAUCGUCAGCUGGUUGAAGAAGAAGACUGGCCCGGCCGCUAAGACCCUGGAGUCAGUCGACGCCGCCAAGGAUUUCGUCGAGGGCAGCAACGUCUGCGUCAUCGGCUUUUUCAAGGAUCAGACCACCGAUGGUGCCAAGGCUUUCCUCUCCGCUGCCUCUGCUAUUGAUGACCAUCCUUUCGGAAUCACCUCUGACGAUUCUGUAUUCUCUGAGUACGGCAUUGAGGGCGAGAAGGUUGUCCUCUUCAAGAAGUUUGAUGACAACCGUGUCGAUUUCGAGGGUGAACUUGCCCCUGACGCUCUGACCAAGUUCGUCUCUUCUGAGGCUCUACCACUGGUUGUCGAGUUCAACCAUGACACCGCCCAGAAGAUCUUCGGUGGCGAAAUCCGCUCCCACCUUCUGCUCUUCUUCUCCAAGGAAGCUGGACACUUCGACAAGUACCUUGAAGGCACCCGCAACGUUGCCAAGAAGCACAAGGGACAGGUCUUGUUUGUCACCAUUGAUGCCGAUGACGACAGCCACCAGAGGAUCCUUGAAUUCUUCGGCAUGAAGAAGGAGGAGGUUCCUGCCAUGAGACUGAUCAAGCUCGAAGAGGACAUGGCCAAGUACAAGCCUGAGUCUGGCGAGCUCUCUGAGGAAAUCAUCGCCCAGUUUGUGCAAGACUUUGUUGAGGGAAAGCUCAAGCAACACCUGCUGUCUGAAGAGCUCCCUGAAGACUGGGACAAGAACCCCGUGAAGGUGCUUGUUGCCACCAACUUUGACGCUGUCGCCUUUGACACCAAUAAGGAUGUUCUUGUUGAGUUCUAUGCACCAUGGUGCGGACACUGCAAGCAGCUUGUUCCCAUUUAUGAACAGUUGGGAGAGAAGUUCAAGGACAGCGAAUCUGUAGUCAUUGCCAAGAUGGACGCCACAGCCAAUGAACUGGAGCACACCAAGAUUUCCAGCUUCCCCACAAUCAAGCUUUACAAGAAGGGUGAUAAUAAGAUUGUUGAGUAUAAUGGCGAGAGGACGCUGGACGGCAUGACCAAGUUCAUCGAAACCAACGGCGAGUACGGCCAGGCCGCUCCUGAUGAGGAGGAAGAUGAAAAUGAUGACGAUGACAUUACCAGAAAGGAUGAGCUGUAAUUGCGUGUCGUGCAUUCAUUCAUUCAAUCAUUUGAUCUAUUUUCGGGGGGCCUUGCUCGACUAAUUUGAAAACCAAGCCUUUUCCGAUGGUUGUUACUUUCUGCAUUCUGAGGCCUCAGUUUUAAUUUCAUCUGCGAAAUUAUCUUUCCAAAUUACGAAUGUGUGAGCUUCUAAAUCAGACUAAUAGUUUUGGAGUUUAUAAAUUUAUUGUUUAUUUAUUUGCAAAAGGAAACUGACACACAACUGUAUUUUGUAAUGAAUGUGAACGUAAUCCUGAUGUUGAGAGAAAACGAAACUGCACAAUUUGUUAACACCUUUUUUCUUGAAAAUGAGUAAUUUCAUUCCAUUGUUGUGUAUGAGGUAUGUGAUGGCAUUUUUUGAGAAAAAUCCAUGUGUAAGAGAGAAUUUAUUAGAUUCUUUUCUUAAAAA